UAUGAUUUACUCUCUACUGUAAUAACAUCUUUAAAAUGAACUUGUUGGAUCAAAGCAUCAACUCACUGAGUUUCAGUUGCUCAAUGUUUCUGAUAAUAUCUAUUAGGAUACUAAAGAUUUCAAAUAUUUCCUUAACAUUAAAAAUCAUACACAAUCUACUCUAAUUAUUUAGUAGUAUAAAUUUGAAUAUGAAUACAACUUUGAGAACAACACAGUAGAAUAACUAAAUUGUCUAAUUAAUUAAGUCAAUGAUGAUCAAACUAACAUUUCAAUUAAUUUGCUUUAAUACCAACAUCCAAUUCCAAGCCUACUAAUUAAAAAAGCCUUUAUAAAAAAACAAACACCUUAACCAGCACUUCAACCUCAUUAAAUUUACACUUUGAUUUCUUAAAAUUCUACAUAUUAAAAGAUAGAUGUUAGUUUCUCAAAUUUAGAUCUAAUUUAAAGAUCAGACAAUAUUGUUUAUAAAGUAGUAACAGAUAAAGAGAAAGUAAGUAAAAAAAAAAUAAAAAUUGAAAAACCAUAAACAAUAGAUAUCGAUUCAAUUAAAAUGACUAAGGUUUAAGAGAAUAUAGAUUCAAAAACAAAAUAAGAAAACAAUGUAAAUAAAUAAUUGUUUAAAUAAUCACAAAAAAAACAAGAUGAGAAAAAUCAAAAUCAAUAACUAAAAUCUUUAGUAAAGAAACUUGAUAUUCCAGAAAAAUGGAAAUAAGUCUCUUAAGAAUUUAGUGAAUCUCAUAAAAAAGUAUGGGAUAUCAAAUAUUAUGAGAAAUUGUUAUUAUUGACUGAAUCUAUUUCCAAAAGUAUUUAAUAUUUAUACCAAUAGAAUACUUCUAUUAACACAUCUUUAAAGAAUGUAUAGAGGAAGAAUAUUAAAAGAGAUUUAUUAAGUAUGCUUUGCCACCUAAUUUAAAAGAUUAAUCUAUAAUAAAAAAGAGAAAAAUCUAUAGUAAAGAUGUUGUUUGUGCUCUUUUUGAAUGA